AUGUCCUUGGCUCCCAAAGUGGAUGAACUGCGUCAUGUUGUCAAGUAUGCUAGUUUAGAUCUUGUUUGUAGUAGUAUAGUAUAAGUAUAGCAGUAUAGUAGUAUAGUAGUAUAAUAGUAUAAUCUUUAUUUAAGCACGAAACAAUUCAUCAGCAAUUACAUUAACUAAAACUAUUUAAAAAUUAAACACUAACUAAUAACUAAAAGCUGUUUUCCGUGAAUGCCGUGCGUUAUAGAGUGGCAUUGAUCUUGCGUUUAAAUAACCCCAGAGACUCUGUGUUCCUUAUAUCACAUGGAAGACUAUUCCAUAAUGUGGCUCCACUAUAGCUAAAGCUUUUUCGAUAAUAGUUAGUGCGAGGUAGAGUAGUACGGAGUCGUGGCUUAAAAGCCGCAUUCAAGACAAUGUGGUUGCGCUGGAGAGCUACAAUAUCAUCCGUAGGGACAGAACAGAGGCAGAACAUUGCGGUGUGUGCGUGUGCAUCAAGAAUACUAUAAAGUUUACAGUUGUAGACGAUUUAGAAGGCCCCUCUUUCGAGGCGUUAUGGAUUCAAAUUAGUCCUACUCGUCUCCUAAGGGGAUAUAGCUCUAUUCUUGGAAAGGUUGUUGUUAUUCAUCGUGGUGAAUAAUAAUAAAAGCUAAGUUUUUCGUUUGUCUCAUGAUGUAGUCACGUGUCAUGGAGAUCGCGACGUUUCGACUGCAUACUGCUAGUCUUCUUUAGGCGAUGAGGUCGACUGGUCAUGCGUGAUCUUAUAAAGCAUGAUGCUCUGCUGUGAUUAGUUGUUUUUCAACAGCUCUGAUUGGUGCAUUUCGAUCCUUACUGAUCAGCGAUUUGCUCUCUCGGCGGUCCGCUGUCGCACAGCUCUCCUGCUGUUGUGUUUUUUGAUCGUGGGUAUCCACGCUUCUGGAAUUUCUAUUCCACUAUCCCUGUUGAUGUUGUCAGGGUAAAGUCUUAUGUGAAUUGCCUCUUUGACCCUGCGCGUGUAGUAAUAAGGGUCACGAUCAAUAAACUUUACUUCAUUCCAGAGUGGCUUGUGUCCGGAGUUGUGGGCACGCUCUGAAACGGCGGAGGUCUCGGUACGGGCGAGUCGAAUGUCUCGAUCGUGCUCCUUAAUUCUGUCUUGCAUGGGUCUUCCAGUCUCUCCGAUGUAUACUUUGCCACAUUCACAGGGAAUCCUGUAAACUACGCCAUCUUGUUUAGCCGGGUCGACAGCGUCUUUUGGUCUUACUAACUGAGAUCUUAGCGUAGUCUCCGACUUGAAAACAGCGCGUACGCCUUGUUGUUGUAGGCAACGGCGAAGCUGUUCGGACAGACCUUUGACAUAAGGUAAAACCGCAGUAGCUUUAGACUCGUUGGCGGGUUCGGCACUGUUGUUUGGUUUUCCGGUCUUGGUAAGUUUCUGCAAGAAAGAAAAAGGAUAACCAUUAGAAACCAGAACAGAUGACAGAUGUUUUAUUUCCUCGGAGAUGACAGAGGGUUUUGUUAUGAGACGUUUGGCGCGCUCGUAAAGGCAUUUAACAAUACCGCGUUUUACUGAUUGGGGGUGGUGUGAAUCAUACGCUAAGUAUUGAUCGGUGUGCGUGGGCUUCCUGUAUACGCUGGUGGUGAGGCGGUUCUCUUAAAACUGCGGUGUCUAGGAAGGCGAGUUUGUUGUCUUUCUCUGUCUCCAUGGUGAAGCGGAUGGAAGGCUGCUGGUCGUUUAGAUGCUGUAGUGCUGGUUGUUUAGAUUCUUAGAUCUCGAGUUUCUACAGUGCGGUUUGUACAGCCGCGUCGAUAGCAACGUUGGUAAACAGCGAUUCAACGUCGAAAGAUACCAUGAUCUCGUUGUCUAAGAUCGUCUCAUCGCUGACGGUGGAUACGAAGUGGGCUGAAUUGGUCACCGUGUACUCUGACUUUCCUGUUAAAGGAGACAGGAUGUUGGCUAAGUAAGCGGAUCGAUAAAUCAUUUGCAAAGGUGUUUGCGCACGACACGAUAGGUCUUAGCGGUACAUCGGCAACGCUCAUGUCGACGAAUCAACCAUAGGGCUGUGCGCCCAUAUAUCCGGUUAAUUUCGUAGAAAAGGUUGUGGUUAUUCAUCGUGGUGAUGACCUUCACCGGAAAUAUGGGCGCACAGCCCCAAGGUUGAUUCGUCGACAUGAGCGUUGCUCGAGCAAGCUCGUACGCUACAUCAACCAUCUCACCUUUCUAACAAGGUGCAUCAAGAACCGCGUUGUUCUCAAAGAUCUACGAGUUCGACCGCCAGUUCCCACCAAAGGCGCACGCAGAGUCGCUGAACUCGCAUCCAUGAGAUUCCUAAGGGAACGGAUCAGACUGAUACAGAAGGCCAAGGGAGAUGCAAAGAAAGAUACAGAAUCCACAGCACAGAGUAUAACAUCCGCUCUCUCGACAAACGACGCCAACAGGAUACUGGAGCAGAUUAAGACCAACACCCAACGAGUCUUCAACACCACCAAAGACAGACAUAAGCGGAGGUUUGAAAAACUCAUUCGAGAAAAAAAACAGGCGACUGUGUCGCCGGUUGACACACCGUAUGUUGACAAAGCUAACUGGGUUGUUAAUUUAUCUUCUAGGUCCCUUAGCGAUGCCGAGAAAGCCCUACUGAAGAAAGGACUGAACUUCGCCGUAACUCCUGCGAAUAUUCCUGCCACAGAGAUCAUCGCUAAGGUAAAAGCAGUCUAAAGAAGUUCAACCGGAGGCGAGGAUAAAGUCCAAUAGCUCUACAACCACUCUUCAGUCGAGGGAUAUACGUCCCAGCAAGCGCCUAGCAAUGUACACUUAUCUAGAAUCAGUGGAUUUGGAUACUAUACUCAACUCCGCGGACAGUUGUGAAGACAAAACCUCGCUUUUGGAACAAAUCAUUAAGAAUGGUCUUGGCCAUGUUAUGCCUAUGUGCACGCACAAAGUACAUUCAACCGAACCACCUUGGAUAACAUCAUCCUUGAAGAACUUGCUACAAAAGCGGUAA